AUGAAAAAUCAAAACACAUUGGUUCUGUCAUUUUUCAUCCUCAUUCUCCAUUUAGCUACAACAAAAGCAAGUUUUAGUGUUGGUGGUAGUGUUGGUGUAGGUGUAGGUGUUGGAGGUGGAGUUGUUUGGGCUGGAGGUGGUAAUAGCAACCAAAACCAAAACCCAAAAUCCUAUGAAUCUCCAAUAUCAAAAAUGGAUUCAGCUUUUUCAGCUCUUCAAGCAUGGAAAUCUUCAAUCACUGAUGAUCCUUUAAAGAUUCUAGAUUCUUGGGUUGGUUCAAAUGUUUGUUCAUACAAAGGAAUCUUCUGUGCAAAUCCUGAGAACGGAAAUGCAAUGUCUUCUGCUUCUGCUGAAUCUGCUUCACUAGUUGUUGCAGGAAUAGAUCUAAAUCAUGCAAAUCUUCAAGGAACUCUUGUAAAAGAACUAUCUUUACUCACAGAUAUUUCAAUCCUUCAUCUCAACAGUAACAGAUUCAGUGGAACAGUACCUGAAACAUUCAAAGAUCUUGUUUUUCUUCAAGAGUUAGAUUUAAGCAAUAAUCAGUUUUCAGGUUCUUUUCCUUUGGUUACAUUGUAUAUGCCAAGUUUGAUUUACUUGGACAUUAGAUUCAACUUUUUCUCAGGCUUUUUACCUCAAGAGCUUUUCAACAAGAAUCUUGAUGCAAUAUUUAUCAACAACAAUCAAUUCGAAGGUGAAAUUCCUACAAAUUUAGGUAACUCACCUGCUUCUGUGAUUAACUUAGCUAACAACAAGUUGAGUGGAAAUAUUCCAGCUAGUUUUGGUUUCAUGGGAUCAAAGAUAAAAGAGAUUCUGUUUCUGAAUAAUCAGUUAACUGGUUGUAUACCAGAAGGAGUUGGACUUUUUACUGAAAUGGAAGUUCUUGAUGUGAGUUUCAAUUCACUGAUGGGUCAUUUGCCUGAUACAUUGUCUUGUUUACAGAAUAUAGAAGUGCUUAAUUUGGCUCAUAAUCAGCUUUCUGGAGAGUUAUCUGAUAUAGUAUGUUCUUUGAGAAGUUUGGCUAAUUUAACUGUUGCUUAUAAUUUCUUUUCUGGGUUUAGUCAACAAUGUUCUAAGCUGUUUUUUAGGAAUGUCGGUUUCGAUUUUUCACUUAAUUGUAUUCCUGGGAGGAACAUGCAGCGACCACAUCCUGAGUGUUCUAUGAUCCCAGGUGGUAGCUUAAGUUGUUUCAGAAUUCCAACUCCAAAGCCUCUUAUGUGUGGUUCUAUGUCUGUAAGUAAUUCUGAGAACACUGAUUCUACCUCAGAAUCUCAUUCUCAAACACAAUCUCCUUGA